GCUGUCAAAAUGACAAGGCAUAAGGCAAGGAAAGUUUUGUAUACGCAAUGUUGAUUUUGAAUUUCUUUUUUAUUUAAAUCAAUGUUAUCAAAUAAAGUAGUACAUUUAUUGAAAUCUAUAAGGUCUCCUGUGUUAAAUAGCAUCAUGGCAAAAAGUUCAUUUGAGUAUGUGAAGAAUUUUGAGUUGGACGAUAAAUUAAUCCCAAAUACAUGGAUUGUUGUUAGGUUAGAUGGCAAGUGUUUUCAUAAAUUUUCAGAUGACCACAGUUUUGCGAAACCGAAUGACUUACGUGGAUUAAAAUUAAUGAAUUUUGCUGCUUAUUCGGUGAUGAAGGACAUAAAUGAUGUUUUGAUGGCUUUUGGUCAAAGUGAUGAAUAUUCUUUUGUGUUUAAAAAAAACACAAAUCUAUACAAACGUAGAGCAUCAAAAUUACUAACGACGUUGAAUAGUAAAUUUUCUGCCUCAUAUGUAUAUUAUUGGAAUAAGUACUUCACUGAUGAAAAGCUACAGUAUCCACCAACAUUUGACGGACGAGUUAUAAUGUAUCCUUCUGAUCAGAAUCUAAUUGACUACAUGAAAUGGAGGCAGGCAGAUGUUCACAUAAACAACCUAUACAACACCACUUUCUGGAACCUGGUGCUAAAAGGAAACUUAAGUCCUAUGGAGGCUGAAAAACGAUUAUGUGGAACAGUCUCAGCAGACAAGAAUGAAAUCUUGUACAGUGAGUUCAAAAUCAACUAUAACAAUGAACCAGAAAUAUUCAGGCGAGGGACUUUGUUGCUUAGAAAGGUGUUGCAAAUGGAUUCUCAAGAAACUGCCAGCAUCAUUACAGAUGUACAUGAUGAUAUGCUAAAGGAUAAGUUUUGGAAAAAUAAUUCUACUUUGUUGUUAGAUAAGUCCAAGCCACUUGUGUUAGUGGAAGCUCCCACAACAGAUAUGGUUCAAGAACAAUUAGCAGGCAGAAACAAGAAAAAAGAAGCUAACAGUCAUAUAUUUAUAAAACAAGCAAUAAACCAAGAAAGUUAAUGUAAAUAAUAAAAGUAAAACAUAAGAAUAAUUCAA